AUGAUGAGAUCUCCAAAGUUUGUUUUCUGUCUGAUAUGUUUGUUCGUGGGGAAAAUGGCUCAUAUGACAGAUCAGAAAGUCUCCUCAUCUAUUCAUCAAAAGAGACGUUUAGUAUCAGCUAAUGUUGGAGAAAAUGUGACUCUGCAAUGUUUCUAUGAAAGUGAUGAUUCAGCAUGGCUUUACUGGUAUAAGCAAACUCUGGGACAGAAACCAAGGCUCAUGUCUACCUUCUAUGUGUAUGAAACAAAAGCCACUUUUUAUCAUGAAUUCAACAAUCCACGCUUCACACUGGAUACUAAAAACAGUACAAAUCACUUGACAAUAUUUGAUUUGGACAUUUCAGACUCAGCUACUUACUACUGCGGAGCUAGAUAUACAUAUACAUUUGUCUUGACUUUUGCGGAAGGCACUACUGUUAAUAUAAAGAGUUCAGGUUUGAAAGUCCCAGCUUUGGUCCAUCAGUCAGCAUCUGAGCCCAUCCAGCCAGGAGGCUCUGUGACUCUGAACUGUACAGUACACACUGGGACCUGUGAUGGAGAACACAGUGUUUACUGGUUCAAAAACUCUGAAGAAUCUCAUCCAGGACUCAUUUACACCCAUGGAGGCAGGAACGAUCAGUGUGAGAGGAAUUCCAGCACACAAACACACACCUGUGUCUACAAUUUGCCACUGGAGAGCCUGAAUCCUUCUCAUGCUGGGACCUACUACUGUGCUGUUGCCUCAUGUGGACACAUACUGUUUGGAAACGGGACCAAACUGGACUUUGAAGAUCAGGUGGAUUCUCUUGUCUUGGUGUAUUUCUUGAGUGGAGCUUUGAUAUUCACUACCAUCCUGAUUGUUCUACUGGUUAUCUUAGUGUACAAGAUAAUUAAGAAAAACAACUGCCAAUGUACAGAGUCUCAAGCAAGAUUGUCGACUCCUGCCACAACAACUGCGGAGGGUUACCAAGAUGCAGACAGCCUCCAUUAUGCUGCUUUAAAUGUUAACCUGCCCAACAGAUCAAGAAGACAGAGGAAUAACACCAACAGUGAGUGUGUGUACUCCAGUGUGAAGCAGAUGAACUGA